UUGUCGCUUUGACUUUUUCUAGCCGAGUGAGUAAAAUUACACUCUCAUAAACUUGGCCUUUUUGGCGCCCGCCACUCUCCCCGUCUACCGGCAGUUUGAGAGAGAGAGAGAGUGUUUUGGGGCAAAACCCCGCAAAAUCAACCUCUUUAGAUUCCCCCCUCUACUUUCUCUCGCCAAUUUAUUCCCAGAAAUCCCUCGUCAUUUCCCCAUUUUCUCUCUCCUCCAACUUCAUUCCACUUCAAUGGCGUCCCAGCAACAGUCAGACGCCAUUAAGGGUGCGAAAGUUUUGAUGGUUGGCGCUGGUGGUAUUGGCUGUGAACUGCUCAAAACCCUUGCUCUUUCUGGCUUCCAAGAUAUUCACAUAAUUGAUAUGGACACGAUAGAAGUUAGCAAUUUGAAUAGGCAAUUUUUGUUUCGACAGUCGCAUGUUGGACAAUCAAAAGCAAAAGUUGCUCGAGAUGCUGUAUUAAAGUUCAGGCCUCAUAUAAGUAUUACGGCCCACCAUGCUAAUAUUAAGAGCUCUGAAUUUGACGUGGACUUCUUUCAGAAGUUUGAUGUAGUUUUGAACGGUCUUGAUAAUCUAGAUGCUAGGCGACAUGUAAAUCGCAUCCGCUUGGCAGCUGGUGUCCCAUUGGUAGAGAGUGGGACCACUGGGUUCUUGGGACAGGUAGCUGUCCAUGUGAAGGACAGAACUGAAUGCUAUGAAUGUUAUCCUAAGCCCGCUCCGAAAUCAUAUCCUGUUUGUACUAUUACUAGUACUCCAUCAAAGUUUGUUCACUGUAUUGUUUGGGCCAAGGAUUUGCUCUUUGCCAAGUUGUUUGGUGAUAAGAAUCAGGAAAAUGAUCUCAAUGUGCGUUCAAGUGAUGGUGCAAGCUCUUCAGAACAUACUGCUGACAUAUUUGAGCGCAGAAAUGAUGAAGAUAUUGAUUGCUAUGGAAGGAGAAUAUACGAUCAUGUUUUUGGUUACAACAUCGAAUUAGCUUUGUCUAAUGACGAGACUUGGAAGAAUCGUACCAGGCCAAAGCCAAUAUAUUCUAGUGAUGUUCUAUCUGACAAUCAGCAAAAUGGGAACUUGGAUAAAAAUUGUUCCAGUAGUGAUUUAGUUUUAGUCUCAGCAAUGGCAACACUCGGGCUAAAGAAUCCACAGGACGUGUGGAACCUGGCAGAGAACAGUAAAGUUUUGCUGGAAGCUGUGAAACUGUUUUUCUUGAAACGGCAGAAGGAAAUUGGGAGCCUGACUUUUGAUAAAGAUGAUCAGUUAGCUGUUGAGUUUGUUACUGCUGCUGCUAAUAUACGGGCUGCCUCUUUUGGUAUUCCUUUACACAGCCUCUUUGAAGCGAAAGGCAUUGCUGGCAAUAUUGUACAUGCAGUGGCAACAACAAAUGCUGUAGUUGCUGGGUUGAUUGUUAUUGAGGCUUUUAAGUUGCUUAAUGAGGACUUGGUAAAUGUGAGGAUGACUUUUUGUAAUGAGCAUCCAAAAAGAAAGAUGCUUCUUAUGCCAGUUGAGCCAUUUGAGCCCAACGAAACAUGUUUCGUCUGUUCCAAGACCCCAUUGACACUUGAGGUUAAUGCUCCGCACACGAAGUUUCGUGAUUUUAUUGAGAAAAUUGUCCGAGAAAAGUUGGGCAUGAGUCUGCCAACAGUGAUGCAAGGUAAUUUCUUGCUGUACGAGGAUGGUGAUGAUCUUGAUGAAGACGAAAGACGGAAUUAUGAAGCCAAUCUUGAGAAGGUGCUUUCCAAGCUUCCAUCUCCCGUAACUGGUGGUACAAGCAUGUUGGUUGGGGAUUUAAAUCAGAAAUUGUCCUGCGAAAUCAACAUAAAGCAAAGAGAGGAGUUUGAUGAGGAAAAGGAGCCUGAUGGCAUGGUUCUCAUUGGAUGGUUACAAGCUCCAACUGAUACAGAAAAUAAAGCUUCUGUUCAAAAUGGUGAGAGCACAUCAGGUACAGGUGCAAAUCAAGCAAUGCCUUCAGAGAUUGCAGAAGCCAAGGAAGCUGAAGUCAAUGCAGCAUCUAAGAAAAGAAACUUUUCCGAGCUUUCAAAUUCUUCCUUUUCUCACCCUUCAAGUGGUAAAGAUAAAUCAAGCAAGAAUAAAGAGGUAAUUUUGGAAGAUGAAGGUGAUGAUCUUAUCGUACUUGACCAUUUGAAUUCUGAAAUGGCCAAGAAGAAAAGACUAGUAUAAAUCAUUCUGGACAUUUUGACCAAAACUAUUUCCCCCUAAUUUACAUCAAUAGAGAGAUCUGUUAGAUUCGCCCAACACUUGACCGGAGUUGGAUCUAGCCUCUCAAGCUUUUGACCCUAACACAGUCUACUUUCGACGUUCGUAAUGUAGAAUGAAUUUCACGGUUUGUCACUCUGUAAAUUAUUUGACUGAUGCACGUUGCUACUGUCUGAACCUAUUGAAAUCCUGUAUUAGCCGACACAUGAUUUUUGUGUGUGCUAAUUUUAACUUUUAAUGUUGAUUAUCAAGCUGUUUUGUAUUUUCUUCA